AUUGUAUCAGAACUCUCGACCUCCAAGGUGAUGGUUUUCCCUGUCAAUGUCUUGACAAAGAUCUGCAUGCCACCACGUAGACGGAGGACAAGAUGGAGGGUGGACUCCUUCUGGAUGUUGUAGUCAGCAAGAGUUCGACCAUCCUCAAGCUGCUUUCCAGCAAAGAUCAACCUCUGCUGGUCAGGAGGGAUACCUUCCUUGUCCUGAAUCUUAGCCUUGACAUUAUCGAUAGUGUCCGAACUCUCAACUUCAAGGGUAAUGGUCUUGCCAGUGAGGGUCUUUACAAAGAUUUGCAUCUGAAAUUACAUCAAAAAAAGAUUGGAGUAGGUGAGCACUUCUCUUUGAGGCUUGGGCAGAAUGUUCGUCAUUAG